ACAAACAAUCAACCUUGCUAUAAUUAUCGGCUUUGCAUCUAUGGCUUAUUAAUAAACUUCUGAUUAUAGCAAAAGGAUUUCUAAUACAUGAUUCAACACUUCAAUGAGUAAUAUAAACAUAACAACUAAUUUUGGAGGGUUCAGCAUAGAACUGUUGGGUCAUAUUGAUUUAGGUACUGAACUACAUCAGCAACACUUUUAUCUUCUUCUCUUAUUCUACUUAGGUAGAAAGUAAACUUAAAUAUUUAGGUACUGUGAUGGUUAAUAAAUUACUUAGUCCUUUGAUGUUUGAACACAAAACAAAUACUAAAUUAAACAAUAAAUAUAUAUGUUAUGUCUUACGAAAUGGCUGUGAUAAAUGGUCCUGAAUUCUGAACUUUUUCUUGGCCAAGACAAAUAUUGGCACAAUUCUGAAACGAUUGUUAACGGCCAUCUUAAUUGAAAAUUAUUAGUAUUACAUGAAUUUAAACAUGGUUCCGGAAACAAGCAUGUCAUAUAUUUAGAUGUCAACGAAGUUUAUGGUUUCCAGCGUCGAUUUUCAUUGUGCCAUUAAACGUUUUGCACUAUAAACAACUGAUUUAUCGUUCACUUCAAGCCUCCAAAGCAUUUUCACGGAACCAUUUUGACGGCCAGUCAAAAACAAAAGUCAAUCAAUCACUGACAUCAUAAUCAUAAUUUAGAGCAAUGGCCCAGUGGAUAAAGUUCUUCGGCCUGAACAGCUUCGCCAACUUCUUCAAGAUCGUCAAGUUCCACGGUGGUGUGAUGAAGGCGACGAAGAAGAUGUGGUACAUGGACUCGGUACGUCUGGGUACGUGCGUCGGCGAGGACAAGUUCGGCAACAAGUACUACGAGAACAAGGAGUUCUUCUACGGCAGGAACAGGUGGGUGGAAUACGCCCCUUACUACAGGUUCGAGUACGAUGCCAGCCAGAUACCGGCCGAGUGGUACGGAUGGAUGCAUUACAAGACCGAUCGGUUGCCCAGCGAGGAUCCGUCCAGACCGUGCUACGACUGGAUGCUGGAGCACACGGAGAAUUUGAGCGGUACCACCGCCCAGUACAUGCCCUACUCCACCACCAGGCCCAAGAUCAGCGCCUGGGUACCACCCAAAAAGUGUUCCUAAUCUGUUCGACUCGUUCGUCGGUGGUUCGGCUGAAUUAUUUGUGUCAGCUGUUUAAAUAUAACUUACAUUCAUUGUGGCAUUUUAAAUAUUUGUUGAAACCGAGAAUAAAAUUGUGAAGUUA